CACCCUUUCACUGGAAAGGCCGUGAGGAAAGUCGCAACCCGGGGGAGAGGGAAUCUGCUGGGCUAUUGCUCGACUUGAUUGAGCGCGUCUCUCUCUCUCUCCUUUUCGCGAAGGGCCCCUCCGAAAAGGCGCUUCCAUUCCAGCGCCCAUAAAGCAAUCCCCAAACGGGCUGCGGGAUCUAAAAGGCCCGACGGGAUCUGCCGAGGCGGGCCGAAGCCUGAGCUGGAGAGAACCAUGCUCAGGACGGCGCCUGGGAACUCCCGCGCCCUCGUUCUCCGCAGCUACCCCGCUGGACUGCGCCUACCCUAGCCCGAGGAAGCAUGACGAGGGGCCCUGGGCGCCGAUCCUGGGCUCUGGUAGCCCUGCUGGCCCUGUUCGCAGAGCUGGCGUCGAGCCAUCCACAAUGCCUGGAUUUCAAACCGCCUUUCAAGCCUCCUCGCCCGCUCACUUUCUGCCUGCAGUACUCAAACUUCGGCUGCUGCGACGCGGGGCGUGAUGCUGCCCUGUUGGAACGCUACUAUCGCAUCAGCGAGCAUUUUGGCGAGGCCACCUACACCGCUUGCGCCAGUCACCUGCAGAGCCUCCUGUGUCAGGAGUGUUCUCCGUAUGCUGCUCAUCUGUAUGAUACUGAAGACCCUUCUACUCCAGAGAGAACUGUUCCUGGACUUUGCCAAGAUUACUGCAUACAAGUGUGGCAAGAUUGUAGGUCAAUGUUUCAUUACUUCACUCCUGAUAAAGAGUUACUGGCACUGGAAAAUAACAGGGUUAAGUUUUGUCGUUAUUUGUCCUUGGAUGACACAGACUACUGUUUUCCUCACCUCUUAACUAAUCAGCGUCUUAAUCAAGACCUUGGGUUAGUGACUGCGAAUUCAGAAGGAUGUCUGCAGUUAUGCUUAGUUGAAAUUGCUAAUGGGCUUAGGAAUCCUGUUGCUAUGGUACAUGCAAGUGAUGGAACUCACAGAUUCUUCAUUGCCGAACAAAUUGGUUUAGUCUGGACCUACCUUCCUGAUUUGUCACGGCUUGAAAAACCAUUUUUGAACAUCAGCGAAGCUGUACUUACCUCACCAUGGGAAGGGGAUGAGAGAGGAUUCCUAGGCAUUGCCUUGCAUCCUAAAUUCAAGUUUAAUGGUAAGGUAUAUGUCUACUAUUCAGUUGAAGUUCAAUAUGAAGAGAGAAUCCGAAUCAGUGAGUUCAGAAUUUCUCCUGGUGACAUGAAUUCAGUGGACCAUGGUUCUGAAAGGAUAAUUCUGGAGAUAGAAGAGCCAGCUUCCAAUCACAAUGGAGGAGAACUGCUGUUUGGAGAUGAUGGCUAUCUUUAUAUCUUCACAGGAGAUGGAGGAAUGGGUGGUGAUCCUUUUGGGACAUAUGGAAAUGCUCAAAACAAGUCAGCACUACUAGGCAAAGUACUCAGAAUCAGCGUGGAAAACAAUGAUGUUGGACCUCUUUAUCAAAUCCCUCUGGACAAUCCCUUCAUCAAUGAAUCAAAAGCCCGACCUGAAGUCUAUGCUUAUGGGGCAAGGAAUAUGUGGCGUUGUUCUUUUGAUAGAGGUGAUCCCAAUACAAAGGAAGGGAAAGGGAGGCUUUUCUGUGGUGAUGUAGGACAAAAUAAAUUUGAAGAAAUUGACAUUGUGGAGAAAGGGAGAAAUUAUGGCUGGAGAGCAAGAGAAGGAUUCAGCUGUUAUGACAAAAAACUUUGCAUCAACUCCUCUUUAGAUGAUGUCCUUCCAAUAUAUGCUUAUCCCCACAAAAUGGGGAAAUCAGUUACAGGAGGUUAUGUCUAUCGAGGUUGUGAGUCUCCAAAUUUGAAUGGGCUGUACAUAUUUGGUGAUUUUAUGAGUGGGCGGCUCAUGUCCUUGAAAGAGAAUCACAAAACUGGGGAGUGGCAGUACAAUGAAAUAUGCAUGGGAACAGGCCAAACAUGUAUGUUUCCUGGACUUAUCAAUAACUAUUAUCAAUACAUCAUCUCUUUUGCUGAAGAUGAGGCAGGAGAACUUUAUUUCAUGUCAACUAGAAUACCAAGUGCCACUGCUCCGAAUGGAGUCAUUUACAAAAUAGUUGACACAUCACGGAGAGCACCACCUGGAAAAUGCCAUGUUGAGCCGUUGCCAGUAAAAGUGAAAGGCAGGCUCAUUAAAUUUGCUCCAAAGGAAAAAAUGAUAGUGAAAAUGCCCGCACAGGAUCCUAAGAUAAAAGCCACAACCAGAGUCCCAGCAAGGAGUAAAGUAACUACAGAGUCUUCACAAGGCACAACUCCAGACUGGAUGGAACAACUCUUGACUCUGCUUAGGAAUCAGAACGGAUGGCAGAUGACUACUAUAGCACCAAAAACCAAACCUUCAAAGCCCAGGAAAGGAGGAAGGCCUGGGAGGAGACCAUAUCGAAGAAGGAAGAAUAGGCCUUCCAGUGUUUCCCGACAGCCACAGAAUGGUGCAGUCCGACUCAUGAAUGGCAGCACAAGAGGGAGAGACCAAGGAAGGGUUGAAAUUUUUAUCAAUGGCAAGUGGGGCACUGUUUGUGAUGAUUUGUGGACUUCUAAAGCAGCUGCAGUAGUUUGUCGCCAGUUGGGUUAUGCUUUUGUAAUCCGGGCCACCAAGAAAGCAGAGUUUGGGGAGGGACAUUCACUUUCUAUUUUACUUGAUGAUGUUCAGUGCAUAGGACAUGAAAAGACCCUCCUGGAAUGCUCCCAUGCAGAGAUUGGAAAGCACAAUUGUUCCCACAAAGAGGAUGCAGGAGUGAUAUGCAGUCAAGAAGAAGUUUUUGAGUAGAAAUACCUACAACAUAGCAUGAGUUUGUGCUGUGACUUUUUAAAACAAACAAGACCACAUGAAUACACUGUUACGAUUAUCAGAUUAGCAUAUGGUUUUGGAAAGAUACAUGUCCAUAGGGCAGGCCGGGAUGGUAAUGCUUCAAUAUGCCCAUGUGAUACCCCUCCUUCACAAGCUGUGGUGGUUAACAGUAUGGUUAGCCAGAUGUUAAAACUUAUUGGGCAUUUUUAUCCAUCUAUCAAGCCCUUCCCAAGAGCUAGGCAUAGGCAGGUGUGGGUGUUUGAUGAUGUUAAAAGUAUUGUCACAGGAUGUAGGCUAUUCCGAGUGAAGCUGCCUUUUGCAAUUGACCAAUAGUGAUUUUGUCAAUGGUGUUCAGAUGGUGUUCGAGUUGUUUUGGGAAAUGGUUUUGGGAUUGCACGCAAGGCACCUAUUACUAUUGGUACUGUCUUUGUUCUCUUUUGCCACAAUUAUUCUAUUUCUGUUUGCAGGUCUUUGUAUUUUGUUAUCUUCUCUAUUUCUUUCUCUUCUACUUUGCUGCUUCCAGACCCUGUCACAUCCAUUAUCCACUUAUCUUCUCAACAAUUGUGAAGUCUGGGGUGUGGCAGGUUCCUGUAGGUUUGAAUUUGAAUUUUAAACUCCCAGAGCAAUUUCACUUCUUCAUUUUCGAUUAUUUCCUCUACUUUAUGAUCCCACCAAUUCCCUCUUGCAGGAAAAUGAUAUUUUUUCAGGAUCUUCCAAUCCACCAUUGUUGCUACUUUGUCAUGCUAUUGCUUGUAAUCAGUCUGUGUGAUUAUUAAAUUUAUUUGCCAUCUAUCUGCAGUACAAAGUGACUCUGAGCAGUAUGCUCAGUGUACUACCACCAGGUGCAAUUGAAGAUCCUGGUUUUCACUUAUAAAACUCUCUAUGGCAUAGUACUUGAUUAUCAGAGGGACCGUCUCUCUCCAUGCUGCUUGCCUAUUCAGUACAAGCCAAUAGGUCAGUGCUCUCUGAGUCCUAUUAAACAGUCAUCUACCAGCACCCAAGAAGCAUGCCUUCUCUGUCAUGGUGGCUACUGUCUGAUUUGGUUCGCCCUGAUGCUGUGUGGCCUCUACCUUGAUGGGAUUCAAGAAAGCCUAAAAAUCUGGCAUUCUCCCAGGCUUUGGGGUCAAUGUGGUUGGGAUUCUCUUCAAGUUUUGUUUGGGAAUCUGGAUAUGGAGUCUGUUUGCCAAACUCACCAACCAUUUUAAUUCUCUAUGCUGCUCAGUGUGGAGUUGGGUGAUAACUAAAGUGAAUAAAUUAAAUGAAAGGGAUAGUAUAGAUAAAUACUAUAUCUAGAGUAAGUAAUUGCUUGCCAUUUGAAAGUGGAACACAAACUAAAUAAUAUUAUAAGAUUCCUUCUGUAAAUAAGAAAAUAUAUUGUACUGAAUGUUUUGAAUUAAAUUAAAUACCAGAUGUCUAUGGAGAUUCUUAGUCAUCCAGGUCAUGGUUGUCUCAAAGGUACUUUUUUCAAGAGGCAACUGGACUUUCUUGUUUUUCUUUUAAGAUGUUUCACUUCUCAUCCAAGAAGCUUCUUCAGCUCUGACUGGAUGGUGGGGAAUUUGCACCGCUCAGGACACCUUGAUGACACUGAUAAACCUCCAGGUGGCCUUAACGACUAGCCAAAAGAAUGAAAAUGAUCAGCUGUCUGGAAGUGCUAUCCAUUCCCCACCAUCCAGUCAGAGCUGAAGAAGCUUCUUGGAUGAGAAGUGGAACGUCUUCAAAGAGAAACAAAAAAAGAAAGUCCAGUUGCCUCUUGAAAAAAAGCAUUUGGGUUAAAUACCAGAUGUUUAUCUUCUGUUUUCGGGUUUUGUUUUGGUUACUUAUAAGAAUGUAUAUUAUCCUUUGUUUUACAAAAGGAACAUACCUGUAACAGAAUCAUUAUGGAGAAUUCAAUAAAAAUGAAGGACUGUAAUCUCAGAAGAAAAAAAGAAAAACAGUGCUACCCUAUUCUUCUUUGUUCUGAAAUAGGUGCUGCUAAAUUUAGCUCUGUAUUGAAUUAUAUAAUUGCAACCUCAUUGAUUAACUUUAAUCAUCAUGUGGCUUAAGGAUUUCUAUUCAUAUUCUAGUCUUAAACCAGACUAGAAUACAAUUUAUUUAAUUUUGGAAUGCUCCAUUGCAUGAAUUCAAGCAACUGUGGUUCAUUCAGUAAUGGGUUUUAAACAGUGGUGGGAUUCAAAUAAUUUAACAACUGGUUCUCUGUUCUAAUGACCAGCUGGGUAGGCGUGGCUUGGUAGUCAUGUGACUGUGUGGGCAAGGCCAACUCGAUAUCACUCAUGUUGAUGGGUGCUUCGCCUUAGCUGUUACAAUGUAAUAAGGGUUAACCAGAGAGGCAGUUUCUAUAAGCAGGGCAAUAAAGAUUAGGCUAGAAUCAACACCAGAAUGUUUCCUUCCUGCCUUCCUUACAGGAUUAGCCCUGUAAAGUGGAAAAGACCAAAAUAAGAUUUCUUCCAACAACCGGUUCUCCGAACUGCUUAGAAAGUUAACAACCGGUUCUCCCAAAUAGGUGCAAACUGGCUGAAUCCCACCACUGGUUUUAAACCAUAUAUUAAAACAACAUGCAGGUAAUGUUCAUUUUAUGAUCACAAUUGGAAGCAGAAUUUCUGUUGCCAAGCAAGGUGAUUAAAUGAGCUUAUCUGGUUUUACUACAAUUUCUUGCUAUGUUUGUUAAGCGAAUCACUGUUGUUUUUAAUUGAAUCCGUUUCCCCCAUUGAUUGCUUGUCAGAAGCCAGCUGGGUAGGUUUCCAAUGGCAAUCCCAUGAACCCAGAUGCUGCAGCUGUUGUGAAUACAUGCUGGUUGCCAAGUCCCUGGAUUUUGAUCACCGAAGAUCCCAAAAACCGUGGGGAUGCUGCAACAAUGAUAAGUGUGAAGGACCAGUUGUUAAGCUAUCUUUUUUUUUUUAGUACUGUUAUAAUUUAGAACAGUGAUUAAAUGAAUAGCUGUAAGUCAACUUACAGCUAGGUAAACCUAUCAUUAAGAAUAGCCUAAAACACAUACGUGAUUGUGCAAUUAGGUAAUUGAAUCAUAUUCAGAAAAGUCAAAACAUUAUGUAUUUGAUUAGACCAGAGGUCUUCAAACUUGGCAGCUUUAAGACUUGUGGACUUCAACUCCCAGAAUUCCCCAGCCAGCAUAGCUGGGACUUCAAUUCUGGGAGUUGAAAUCCACAAGUCUUAAAGCUGCCAAAUUUGAAGACCUCUGGAUUACACUGUAAUAAGCUAACUGUUUUUUAAUAUGAGAUAAAAACCAUGAUACCAUAAAUAAGGAACUUUGCUUUCUCUAUUUGCUGACUGCAUUUAUACACUUUUGCAUACUCAUUAUUUCUUAGAAACUACUAGCCUGCUGUUCAGGCACUUAUUUGGGAGUCUUCAAUGAAAUAAGAUGCUGGUUGCAAAAUGCUACUAAAAUACAAGUUUCAAUAAGAUUUUAUUAGGUUUGUUUUUAACUCCUUAAAAAUAUUGAUAUGUCACAGUAGAUCUUGUCAAAAUGAAUUGAAAACAGGAGAGCCAGUUUUGCCUAGUGGUUAAGGCUGUAGGGUAGAAAGCGUAAAACUCUUGAGUUCAAGUUCCGCUUCAGCCAUGAAAGCCAGCUGGGUGACUUUGGGCCAGUCACUCUCUCUCAGCCCAAUCCACCUUACAGGAUUGUUGUGGGGAAAAUAGGAGGAGGGAGGAAGGAAUGUUGAAUAUGUUCGCUGCCUUGAGUUAUUUGUAUAAAUGAUAAAGGCAAAAUAAAAAUAAAGAAAUUAUGAAUCCAAA